AUGUUCAGGCGCAAGAAGCAGAAACGCGAUGUGUACACCUUCGAGGAUCUGACACGAUUCCCGAUGGUCUUUUACAAGACAAUUGGCGAGGAUCUGUACUCGGAGCGGGACAAAAAUCUGGUGCGUCGCUAUUUGCUGCGCUUGUAUCUGGUGUUGGGCUUUCUCAACUUCAAUGCCUAUGUUGUAGGCGAGAUCGCCUACUUUAUAGUGCAUAUAACAUCAACAACGACCCUGUUGGAGGCGACCGCUGUGGCGCCUUGCAUUGGCUUCAGUUUCAUGGCCGAUUUCAAGCAGUUCGGUUUGACGGUGAAUCGCAAAACGUUGGUCAAACUUCUGGACGAUCUGAGUGACAUUUUUCCGCUAACCAAGGAGAAACAACAAGCGUAUCAUGUGGCCUACUAUAAUAAGCACAUGAAUCGCGUCAUGUGGCUGUUCACCAUACUCUGCAUGACAUACACAUCGUCAUUCAGUUUCUAUCCGGCCAUCAAGUCGACAAUUAAGUAUUACUUUAUGGGCUCCGAGAUAUUUGAGCGUAAUUACGGCUUUCACAUACUCUUUCCCUACGAUGCGGAAACGGAUAUAACCGUCUAUUGGUUCUCCUAUUGGGGACUCGCCCAUUGCGCCUAUGUUGCCGGCGUCUCCUAUGUGUGUGUGGAUCUAUUGCUCAUCACCACCAUCACCCAGCUGACCAUGCAUUUCAAUUAUAUGGCCGAUAUGCUUCAGGAAUACGAUGGUGAUGCCCACACCGAAGAUGAGAAUCUUAAAUUUGCCCAGGAUCUUGUGGUUUAUCAUUCGCGUGCAUUGGAUCUCAGCGAAGAGGUAAACAACAUUUUCAGCUUCACAAUUCUGUGGAAUUUUAUAGCCGCCUCUUUGGUCAUUUGCUUUGCUGGCUUUCAAAUCACCGCCUCCAAUGUGGAAGAUAUUGUGCUCUAUUUCAUAUUCUUCUCGGCAUCGCUGGUGCAGGUGUUUGUUGUGUGCUAUUAUGGCGAUGAGAUGAUCUCAUCGAGCUCUCGUAUUGGCGACUCGGCGUUCAACCACAACUGGCUGCCCUGCGGCUCGAAGUACAAGCAGAUCAUGCGUUAUAUUAUAAUGCGCAGCCAGAAGCCCGCCUCUAUACGACCGCCCACAUUUCCGCCCAUCUCGUUUAAUACAUUCAUGAAGGUAAUCAGCAUGUCGUAUCAAUUUUUUGCCCUCCUGCGAACCACAUACUAUGGCUGAGCCUUAUUAUUCUACUAACCACACUUUAAAUACUUUAUGUAGAUUGCAA